GAAAGAGUUAAGAAAGUAAGAUAGUAAUUAUUUUGGUAUAUAAUAAAAUAAAAUAAAAUAAAAAGAAAAUGAGAAGAGAAAGUGUGUUGUACUUGUUGAGGAGAACCAAAUCUUUGUUUCAACGAAAAUCCCAACACUCUCUUCUCUUCUCUACAACAACUCAAAAUUCCAGGAAAAAUCUGAUGGAGAGAAACGGGAGCAUGAUAAAUGAUGUUGAGAGAAAAACGACUCGUGUUUUGUUUUGUGGACCUCAGUUCCCAUGUUCUCAUCUAUAUACAACAGAGUAUUUGCAGAAUCAUUCAUCUAUCAAGGUUGAUGUUCUCCCUUUGGAAGAAAUUCCCAAGGCUAUUGCCAACUAUCAUGUUUGUGUAGUAAAAAUGAUGAAGCUAGAUUCAAACAUAAUUUCUCGAGCAGUUCAGAUGAAGCUUAUAAUGCAGUAUGGUGUUGGGCUGGAAGGUGUUGAUAUCGAUGCUGCGACAAAGCAUGGAAUCAAAGUUGCUAGGAUCCCCAGUGGUGGUACUGGAAAUUCAACUGCAUGUGCUGAAAUGGCCAUAUAUCUAAUGUUGGGUCUUCUCCGUAAGCAAAAUGAAAUGCAGAUUUCCAUACAACAAAGGAAGCUUGGAGAGCCUAUCGGUGAUACUUUAUUUGGGAAAACUAUAUUCAUAUUGGGCUUCGGGAACAUUGGAAUUGAUUUAGCACGGCGAUUGAAACCAUUUGGUGUAAAAGUUAUUGCUACAAAGCGGAGUUGGGCUUCAUAUGCACAAAACACUAACGAAUUAAAUAGAAAUGAUGUUGAUGAUCUUGUUGAUGUGAAGGGUAGUCAUGAAGAUAUAUAUGACUUCGCGACGAAAGCUGACAUUGUUGCUUGCUGCUUAAACUUAAACAGUGAAACGGCUGGUAUUGUCAACAAUAACUUCAUUUCUUCCAUGAAAAAGGGUGCCCUUCUGGUGAAUGUUGCUAGAGGUCGUCUUUUAGACUAUGAGGCUGUGGUCAAAAACCUUGAAUCCGGACAUUUAGGAGGGCUAGGCACCGAUGUUGCAUGGACGGAGCCGUUUGAUCCUGAUGAUCGGAUAUUGAAAUUUAAGAACGUUAUCAUGACCCCUCAUAUUGCAGGCGUUACAGAACACUCCUAUAGAUCCAUGGCUAAGGUUGUUGGUGAUGUGGUUCUUCAACUUCAUGCUGGAAAUCCUUUGACAGGAAUUGAGUUAGUCAAUUGAAUUGGUGCAAAAAGUUCAUAAACUUCCUGUACUUUUUUGAUAGUUUAUGAUCAUUUUCAAUGGUGUAGAAACACUUCUAACAUUAUUUAUAAAAUUGAGACCAGGCAAUGGUUGGUGUGUAUUGAUCAUUUUGAUUCUAUUGUUCGCGAAAACCAAAUAAGACGAAUGGUUUUUGUCUCAU